GCAGAGCCGUGGCGGCGCAUGAGGGGGAGUGAGCCCGUGGUAGAUCGCGAGGGAUAAUCCCGCCGGGAGUUAUGUGGAGGGACACGGUUGGCACGAGGCAGCUGUCCAGCCGGGAGUGGUCACCCGUCCAGCUGCACCUGUUUAUGCGUAGCCGCGUGACCAUCAGCGCAGAGUUCGUGGCCAACGAACAGAUGAAUAACUGCGUGAGCAACGACGCGGAGAGUCCCAGGGCGGACACCCCCUCCACGCCAGCAGCUUCCCUGCCCGUGUCAACGCCGACGGCGGCGGCCACGGACUCGUCAGUGGCCUCUUCGGACGAAGACGACCAUGACGCCACUCCAGAGCUGGUGCCCGCACUCGUGGAGCAGGUCAAGCCGAACAAGAAGGUGAACGACAACCACCAGCACAGCAAGAACCAGCGCUCGAAGCACAAGCGGCCCCAAGACGCCCACAAGCCGGCGGCCAAGUCGCCGAGCAAACAUGAGGCGCCUCCUGCUGCGUCCCCCUCCUCCUCCCCGGCGCCCGCGGCUGCACCAGCGGCACCAGCCCCUGCCCGCCCAGCGGCCGCGGCGGCCGCGCCCCCGCCCAGCCCCUCCGCGCCGGCGCCCCUCCAGCCCCUGCAAAACUCGCACCCCGCUGCCGCGCCGCCGCCGGCCGCCCCUGUCACCCCGGCGCCGACCCCGAACUGCAGUCGGAGGACGGCGUCUUCAGCCUUCCCACACAUGGAGGCGGUGUCGCGCGUGCUGGCGCUCCCCAUCGUCGACACGGGCGUGAGCAUGGUGUCCGGCGUGUACAGCAAAGUGAAGAAUGUGAAUCCUGUGGUUCAGUGGGGUCUUGGUACGGCUGAGGGGGCCGUGCUCUCAUCCCUUGGGCGUUCCCUAUCGCUGCUCGGACCGUUGAGCGGGCCGCUCUCCGUCGUCGACGCUAUCCUCUGCAGGGGGCUCGACAUGGUGGAGUAUAACGUACCAAUCAUCACACUCCCUCCUGAACUGAUGAUGACAGCGAGUCGGGACUACAUGUCAAUGCGCGUGGUAGCUCCCGUGUUACGCAUGACUGCCACAAAUGCUCGUCUUGCUGACACCCUUGCUGCUCGCGCUCUUGAUUCUGCUGAUCAUUACGUGGACAAGUAUCUGCCAGGGGAUGCUGCCACAGAAAAUGGGGAUGCUGUAGGGGCUGGUAUAAUAAAGGGUGGAGCUGCUUUUAAACGAGCAGAUAGGUUAUCCCGUAAGCUGCAGCGUCGCAUAACUCGCCUCACACUUGCAGAAGCAAGAGCACUGCGCAAAGACACUGAAAACACUCUUCACACUCUUGUCUAUUUUGCAGAAACGCUUGUGAAAGACCCUCGUGCUUUUGUAGAACAGUGCCGAGCUGUAUGGAACCAUCUGAGUGAGAAUGAACCCGAAAAUCAAGUUCCUCCAGAAACUCUGGAAGAGCGUUUGGCAUUAUUAGUUCGAGAAGUUGCUCGUAGAGUUGUGCACUUAGCUAAUUACACAGCAGGAAGUGCAAGCACAAAAACAGUCUCCAACGUGGCCCACCAUGUUUUGAAGUCAGUUCGAGUAGAAGGUGCCAAGGUAAUGAAUUUUGCCCAAUCCCAAUUGGACAGAGUCCAUAUGCAACAGGUUUUGGGUGAAGUCAACAUCUACACUCAUCAGUUAUUGGAGCGGCUUGCACACCUGUUGGCAGGUCUGCGGAACUCAUCCAACUCAAUUGGCCGACGGUUUCCCCAUGCAGACACAAAUAACAUUGCAAUUGUUAAUUAAUUUUACAUUCAGAAAUAUUUUCAUAGAGUUUAAUUAAAUUUAAACAGUUAACUGUUUCAUAUCGCUUUGGAGAGUGUCUCCAUUCUAUAACUGAUAGUUUCCUGAAUUUUGCUUCAGUAUGAUUUAACAUAGUAAUGUUCAAGAUUGACUUUUGAGGUACCAACAUAUUGUAAUUGCUACUAUAGUUUUAGUUUGUAUGCAUUGGUGAACUAUCUUUUUUCAAAGUUAGCGAUCAGUUGGUUCAUACUGCAAAAAUAUGAGUCCAUAUAAUUUAAUAUAGGAUUUGAUUGAAAAUAGACUGGCUCACGAUUGCAAAUUCAGGCUAGAGGUAGGUGAGGUUGAAAGAGUUCUUAAAUCUGUGGGAGGAGUGAAACUGUUUCUUUUUAGCCUAUUUGAGACUGUUUACUUAAUAUACCUGUUAACUUUUAGGGUUUUAGAUUUUUAACUAAAUGUACUUUCAAAGAUGAAAACAAUAAAAAAAUAUGGAAAAUACA